AUGUGUAAGGCAACCAAAGAAAAAUAUGCAAACAUUUCACGUGAUCAGAUAACGCUGUUCUUGCAGUAUUGUGAGGAAUGUCAGCUAAAGAAAAGUACUGUGCGGAAGUGUGUGGUUGUCAAGCCAAUCGUCUGGAACAGCAUGAAUUCUCGAGCUCAGGUUGACUUGAUUGAUAUGCAGAGUCAACCAGAUGGGAAGUACCGUUUCAUUUUCAAUUACCAGGAUCACUUGACCAAGAUGGUAUGCCUUCGAGCCCUACAGACUAAGACUGCCGAGGAGGUAACUUUUCACCUGGUUGACAUUUUCUGUGAUAAAGGAGCCCCUCAUAUUCUUCAAUCUGACAAUGGGAGAGAAUUUUCAAAUAAGGUAAUCAAGGAAGUUCUGGCUAUGUGGCCAGAAUGUAAGCUAGUUCAUGGGAAACCAAGAUAUUCUCAAUCACAGGGUUCCGUGGAACGAGCAAACAGAGAUGUUGAAGCAAUACUCGCUUGCUGGAUGAAAGACAACAACACUACACAAUGGUCAAAUGGACUGCGCUUUGUUCAGUGGCAGAAAAACACGCGCUUCCAUUCUGGAAUUGGCAGGACACCUUAUGAAGCCAUGUACGAAGAAUAG